GUCGCCCAGGCUUUCAACGGUCACAUGAUCAACGCGGAAGACAACAACUCAGUGAAAUGUAAGAAACAAGAGCGCCUAACUUUACUAUAGUCCUCUGUCCUUUGUGUUUUGUCCAACGUCAGUGUAAUGUAGCAAACAAAGACGGCUUAGAUGAAACCGUGUGCCUUAAAGCGGUGUUGGAAGUACAGUGAAGUGUCGUUCAGCUGAUGUUAACGUGCAGGGUCAAGAUGAAGAAGAACGAGUCUCUUCUGUCCAGUAUUAACGUGGUCCUGGUCAUGGCCUACGGAAGUCUGGUGAGUUUGUCUUUAUCUGUUAUUUUUACUGCAAUCAACCUCGACAAUAGUCAAUAUCUCAAAAAAAUCUGAUUUUGUACCUCAAACUUUCUUUGUGCCAAACUUCUUAUUAUACUGUUAGAAACAACUGAAAAAGAAGAAAUCAUCUGCCUGGACACACAUCUCCUUCAGUUUAAAUGUUGAAAUUGUACGUUGAGGUACAAAAAGAUACAAAAAGCAUUAACAAGGAUUAACAAGAAUUUCUCUGUGAGACAUUAACUCAUCACUGAUCACAUUAAAUUAUAUAACUAUGAGACUAGGUCAUAUGUGUCCUUAAUUACAGCACAGUGUUUUUGCAGAGCACUGGCAGCAGUUGACAAGACUUUACCUCUAUCUAAUUUCACAAACGACCACCUGAAACACCUUAAUCUUUACUGUUUAUCUAACAGGAUGAAAUCAGAAUACUGUUUUGAUAGGCCUAAGCAUCCUUGCCUCAGAUUUGUGUGUUUUGUGUUCUUCUACACUUCUUAAAAUUAGAUAUAUCUGGUAACCAGAAAAUGCUUCACCAUUAUAUAUGUUCCACUGUAUUUAGUACCCAGUUUGAAAUCCCAUCACAACAUAGUAGGGCUGAGCGAUAAAACCAUAAUGAUACAUAUCGAAGAUUAACUUCCCUCGAUAUCGAUAUGACGCGUGGUCAAAAUGCUUUUCGAUACUCGGCAUUCUGCCAUGUUUUGGUAGAUUACACGAAUAGCCGAUGAAAAGGGGAGUUGCUUCAAGUCCACACAGCGCUGAACCAAUCAUGUGCUGAAUCAGAACCACGUAGAAAACAACUGCCUAGUAGCAGGCUGCAGUUACACGCAACCAUGGCACUUAAACAUGUGAAGCCGACAGCACUGUCAGUAAGAAAAAAAAGAAAAGGUGUUUUGGUUUUUUGAGGUCGGACACGCAGCAGAGUAAUGAACAGACAGACAAACCAAUAGCACCAAAGUGAAUAUGAAAGAACAAAAACAAGUGGAUUGAAGGUAACAUCCAAUUAAAAAUGCAUUUCCAAAAAUGAUAACACAUUUAGUGAUGCCCUGUUUUCAGACUCGACAGUUAAAAGUAUUCAGGGAAGGUAUCCAAAGUUAUCUUCAUUCAGGCUGCCUUUUUUACAACAUGCACAAGUAAUUUCUGUUACUGUGUGGUUUUGUUUACCUUCUACACCACUCUUGACAGAAGCCGUUAACAACUUUUGACUUUCCCCCAGGUGUUUGUUUUGCUGUUUAUCUUUGUCAAAAGACAAAUUAUGCGUUUUGCCAUGAAGUCCAGGAGAGGGCCACAUGUCCCCCUAGGCCACAAUGCUCCAAAGGUAACACACACUCACAGACACAGUGUGAUGCUGCUCACUCCCUAUGGAUUUAGUACAAUAUCAUAAUAUCUGACCAUCUUGUGUGUGUGUGUCCUUUAGGAGUUGAGGCAAGAAAUUGAAGCCAAACUCUCUCAAGUUCAGAAAAUCAGCUUCGAACCUCGUCUGCUGUCUCCAGAUGAUGACCGGUUAAAACACAUGGAUCAGUCAGGUUAGACAGACGCACAAACACUAGCACACCAGUACUGAAAUAUCCUCUGCAGGAGUGAUACAGUCAACAUUUAUUCAAAUGUGCUGCAGGUUCCUACGACUACCUGUAUAGGAUGAGAGCACUGGAUGCCGUCAGAGACAUAGGUGAGCUCUUCAUCAGUGAUCUGGUAUUGCUUUUGUUUUCAUCAUAAAAUACUAUAAAUUAAACCACGUUGUUUAAAAUUGACCUGAAUUUUCUGUCAUUAGAUCUCCCUUUCCGGGAACUUGGCGGGACGUCCACUGCUGUGACGGGUAAAAGACUUCGGACAUGGCUUCUCCAGCUGAAAAAUUCACACUGCAUGUUCAGAGGAAACCUCAUCGACACUGUAUUGGACGGGUACAAUAAAGCACGCCAUGGGUCAGAGGUCAGUGUCUUUGUGUGUAUUUGUGGGCCAGAGAUUUACCACCUCAUCACACCUAUAAAAACAAUGCUGAACAGAUCUUUGUGGAAAGCGAUGUAGAAAUUGAGCUUGAAAAUAUACCGUUGAGGUACUGAGUUGGUGUCAUUCACAAACUGAAAAAAGAGACAACAACUGCUGCUUAUAAGUUGGUGCUAGAUACCACAGGGAACCUUGAAAAAUUGUGUGAAGUCCUGCCCUGAUGGGUCAGAGAUAUUUUAGUGUUACGAGAAGCUGCAGCUUGACAGGCUUGUUGUACAAACAUGUUGUCUUAUCCAUAUAACAAUCCUAAUUACUGUUUGCUUUUGCUUUCUUUUGAAAUCUGCUCUGAUGUCCUUUUUCUGAAUUCAUUUUUAGGCUUUUGGUAAAGCAGAGUUUGAAAAAUACCAGGAGGCUCUGACUGAACUGGCCUCUGCGUGAGUACCAAGGCCUUUUCCCACAGUGUUUCACUUACAGCUCUCCCUUUUGUGCUAAUCCCAUCAUGGAAUGUUAAUUAUGUCCAAGGAACAACCUGCUUUCCCUUUGUGUUUUUUUAGUGUUAAAUCUCACUACAGCAGCGGCAGCUCUCCAAGCCAGCACCACCAGUCUGCAGCCAAAGACCUGACCAACACGAUGGAGCCUGCGAGCUCUUCCUCCUCCCCAACACAAACCACCUACCUCACAUCCUCAGCGCAGCAGCGCAGCAAGCGGCCCAGACACUUCCUGGAGCUUAAGAACUUCAAAGACAACUACAACACGCUGGACAGUACGUUCUGAAAACCUACCAAGCCUGCCAUGAAGAAAGGUGAAAGAGCUGCCAAGGAUUUACUGUCACUGUAGCUGGAUAGUUCAGAGUGGAGUGAUAGGAGCACUGCCUUUAAUACUUACACAUACUGCCUGAUUUAGAAUAAAGUGCACAUCAGAUUACCAGUAUACUGUGCAUAAACUAAGUGUAGCGUAUGCAUAUAUCCUGUGUAAAUGCAUGUUUGAAUAAGCGUUGAUUUGACCAAAACAAAAGGAGCGCUUUAGAGCUAUGCAAACGCAUAAGACAAUCAGUAUUUAUUGCACAAUAUAACCGCCUAUGCAGACUUGUUGAAAUUAACCAAUGGUGUUUAAAUAGGAAACAAUGUUUGCAAAAAAAGCAGUAUUAAUAGUCGCCAUGCACUGUUAAUUUUAUUGUUUACGUCUCUUAGUGCCUCUGCUGUCAACAGCGAAUGUGACUGCCUUUUUUUUUAGCCUUAAUGUUCACUCUAUAGAAGCCAUACUUUGUACUUAAUUUAAUGAAUUGUGAUGGUUAGCUGGGGUUUUGAUUCAACAGUAUUCUUGCGUAUUAAUUUAUCUGAAUGUGGGGGGGAAGUCUUUCUUUCUCCUCUCGUCUUUUUUUUAAAAGGUCUAGAAAUGUCUGAACUGCUGUUUUUCAGGAAGCAUCUUUGUGCCUUAGUGUUUUUAAUUUUCUGUGCUUCUUAUUGCAAGUCACCUCCAAAAUAAAAGCAAGAAAUGCUGUCUAAAUA